AUGAAAUCUAUUGGUAAAACAAUUGUCGUAUUUUGUGUUCUCGGUUUACUCAUAAUCUCAUUUCAUUUCAAAUUUAAUUACAUUUAUUAUGGACGAUUUGGAAAAUCCACGUUCACUCAAAGAAGAAAUCGAUUUAACGAUAAUGCAGUGCGCAAGUGUCGAUAUGUCUUUCUGGAUUUGGGUUCAAACAAAGGUGUGCAAGUUCGGAAAUUAUUUGAACCAAAUCUUUAUCCAAAUGCUUCAAUUAUCCCCGUAUUCGAUCAAGUUUUUGGAAACAUCUCCGAAAGGCGAAAAUAUGCCUGUGCAUUUGGCUUUGAAGCGAACCCGAGACAUAUGAAGAGGCUAAAAUAUAUUGAAGAGUCGUACAAAAACAAAGGCUUCCAAGUGAAUUUCUACAACCUUGCUAUUUCAGACAGGGACAAUACCAUAGUGACUAUUUUUUCGGAAACGAGUUUUAAUUUGGAUUGGGGAGCUGGAAUUUUAGAUAAAGCUAUCAACAAUAAGGCCAAAAUGACAAAGUAUAAGGUACACACAGUCGAUUUAGUGAAAUUUAUCGUGGAAACAAUAUAUCCAUUGAAAUCAAAAGCAGUUUUUAUGAAGAUGGACAUUGAAGGUUCAGAAUAUUUAGUAUUGCCUCAUAUGAUAAAGAAUGGGAUUUUAUGCAAAAACAUCAUAACUUCAGCGGGUAUCGAAUUCCACGAAUGGGCACGAAAACCACUGAAUACGUCAUUAGAUAUGAGCAAAUUCAAGCAAAAUUUGAACCAACAAUCAUGUGUUCCAACAAGUGUUAUUCCGCUUGACGAUGAAUCAUAUAACUUGGAUGUAGCAAUUAAUCCGGAUAGCUGAUCAAUAGCUGGCCUUAUAUACAUAUAUAAUUUAGGGACGGACCCAGUAUUUGACUUUAAAUAAUGUCAUUUUUAAUACCCUUGUUUUCUUUUUUUAUUAUUAUUCAAUAUGGAUACAUAUCAUACAACACAGCACAUUGCAAACAUAUAUAUUCAUAUUAUUGAGACAUUUAUAUAUUUGUAUGACAUAAUAUUUGUUUUUAAAGUAUUGGUGUAUGAGUUAUACAACUUGCAAAAACAUGUUGUAAAAGGGGUCUAUAUAGGUGACUGCCAGAAAAUGUAGCAGUUAUUUAAUAUUUUAAUAUUUAAGUGUUUAAAUAAAAGGGAGAAGAAAAUAAUGGAGAAGAGUAGAACGGAUCGAAAGGAUGGAAAAUAGGUAUUAUUGCAUUUAUGUAGUAUUCAGCAGAUUUCAUUUGUUUUCAUGGAAGUUUAUUUUGUUGUUCACUAGAUCUGUCUCGCACUCUAAGUUUUACAUAGUUCGAAAAGAUGUAAAGGGUGGUAUAGCGUUUCUUUUGUUCAUGCUAAAUGUUUAAAUAUAUGACAAAAAGCGCACAGACGCUGAAACUUGAGUUAGUAUACACAUUUACUUGUGUUUACACCUUCUUUUAUUAUAAGUUCGAGCACUCUAAGUUUUAAAACUGUAUGUUGUGUAAUAGCUUUAGAGCCAAAGAGUCCCUUCAAUCUUUUUA